UUUCGGUUCUUGUCGUACCCGUCUGUGAUCACGACGACAUCUCGGCGUCCGCCAGUUUAUUGUGUUCAUCAUGGCUUCGAUGGAAUCUCUGGUGUGCGAUACUCUCGAUCUGAGCGGUCAGGGCCUCAAGAAACUUAGCCGAUGUCCCUCAGACGCUGAUAUUAGUACGUUGAUCAUAGACGACAAUGAUAUACAACGGCUUGAUAAUCUGGAUUCUUAUCACAGAAUUACCAAGCUUUCUAUAGUCAGAAACCAAUUAUUGCGUAUGUAUGGUGUGUCAAAAUUACAUAAUCUUGUUACUCUCAAUUUGGCAAACAAUGGUAUACUCACAAUAGAAGGUAUCAAGGACAUGAUCAAUUUGCAAACUCUCUGUCUAGCGGGUAAUAAUAUCAAGUCUAUUGAACAUCUACAUACAAACAUCAAAUUGGAACAUCUGGAUUUGUCUGAAAACAGCAUCAGCCAUAUUUCAGACAUAUCUUAUCUACGAAAUUUAAAGGAACUUUUUUUACAUAACAAUCGCAUAAUAACACUGCGUCAAUGCGAACGUUACUUACCCACAUCUUUAGAAACAUUUACAUUGGCAAAUAACAAUAUUACUGAUCUGAAUGAAAUGUCACAUUUGGCUAAUCUUAAAAAUCUGGUGAAUUUUUCUAUUGCUAACAAUCCAUGUGUCAGUAUGACAGGUAACAGUAUCGGCUUCGACUAUCGGCCUUUUGUUAUUAAUUGGUGUAUGAGCUUAAAAUCCAUUGAUGGUUAUGCGGUUGAUCCUAUUGAAAGCUUGAAAGCAGAAUGGCUGUAUUCUCAGGGACGCGGUAGACAAUUCCGCGUUGGUGAACAUGCCUUACUUGCUCAAUAUCUAGCAUCUGUCUGUCCGCUCUCGGGCGAGUCCUUAGAAAACGAGACCGACAGGAAACUUAGGCUGAUACUGAGCAAAGCUCAACAUCACCAACAGCAAUUGAAUCAACAAAGCGAUGCCGGGAGUGUGCACAGCUUAAGUAGCAUGACAAUGAGUCCUUCUCCAGCCACUAGACGUAGACUUAGUCAUAACAAGACAAACUCUCCCAGACGACCUACUUCCUCGAGGAACUCUCUGAAAAUGAAAUCGCCAGAUCGAAUGGUAGCCAGCUGUCAUACUGACACCAUGGUUUCUUCAUGUCACGGUUUAUUGAGCGGCGAUCACGAGACGACUCUGAUGACCCAAAGCUUAGAUCCCAAUAUGCUCUCUGGUACAUUAAAUAACAAUAAAACAUCAAACAAUCUGCAAGAUAUGGAAGAAACAUCGAGUCCUUUGCAAGCAGCUACGAAACUUGUACCAGUACCAGAAUCUUUGAUGAGUCCAGAUUUUCGUCCGCCGUCAGGUCUUUCGCGGAUUUUACCAAAGACUCCUACACCAAGUAAAUUAACAUCUCCCUGUCAAAUAACAAUACCUAGCAAACCAUCUAUGGAUGGUGAUGGAAAGGCAAUUCCGAUCAUAAAUACUGUCAAUCCUAUGGCGAAAACGAAUCUAUAUGCUAUAAAAGCGAACGCGCUCGUAAAGAGUAAUUCGGCGACAAAUUGCAGCGUCGUAAAACCGAGCAUAGCUAAGCCGAUCGUGACAUACGCUAACACUAAAUGUCCACAUAGCGUCAAAAUUAACAAUUAUGUUCAGAGUAAGACACUGCCUGCGAAGAGGAGCACAAAAAGUCCCAAUCUAGCCAGAAGUAUACAACGACCGAAAAGUGCAAAUGAAAGACUCAAGAGUAAUUUGAACAAAGAAAAUAAGAACGGCGAUGUUGAUAACGGAAUUCAAAGUAGUGACGAAGAUAGUGAAGUAUGUCAAGCGAAAUUGGAUAGUAUUCGGCAUAGAGCUAUUCAACGAAGGCAAGAAGACAGCAACAAAGAUCAGGAUCAAACAGAAAAGGCUGCUAUCUGUAUUCAAAGAAUGUGGCGAGGCUAUCAUACAAGGAAUCUUAAUAAAAAAGCUACUAAUAUAUUAAAAACAAUCGACAUGAUGAGAACAAAUAAAUACAUCCAGAAAUUAUCAACUGACAUGGAAGCUACAAGAACUGCUCUCGAAAGUGAGCAUAAAUUACAAUUAUUACAAAUGCAAGCAAUAAAUGCAUUAUGGAAGAAAGUAGUCAGUUUGCAACCAGGUAAUCGAGAAAACACCUUCAAUGAUACAGGCAAUAAUACUCUGCAAUCAAAUGCAGAUAUAGUUAGUAAUCUCACUCAAACCUGCAAUUUACUUCAUACCCAAGUUCAGCAAUUGCAGGAUUCGAUGUCCGAAAUAAAGCGUUGCAUGUCUAAUAUGAAACCAAGACCUGAGCUUGUUGAUAAUGGUGUCGCUACUCAAACGGAAAUAUCUGCCGUACACACACCGGCGGGGGAAGAGAACACAUUCCCGUAUGGACGUCCGCAAGUUAAUAGGCCGCAAAGUUUACCGAUACAUCAAACGAUACAUGAAGGAAACGAGAACAAGAGUUUCGCGUCUAAUUUGGUGGACAGCGUACUGAAGAAAGUGUCGCAAUCAACUGACACGACAGACGAUGAAGUUAAUACGGACAUCUUGAAUUCAAAUGAGAAUCCAGAGGCGUCCCACCCGAACGAUAAUCCCGAGAUGUUUAAGAGUUGCGAAGAGAUAAUAGAAUCCGACUUUAAGGAGGCGGUCGAGAAUGAGGUUGCAACAAAUAAUUACGAAAAUAUAAUCGAGAACGCGGCGAUAGAUGAUGAGGUAUGCGAGGAAGCGUUAUGCAAGGAAUUGCACAACUUAAUCGAAACAGAAAAUGGAGCGGAAGCUUGUGAAAAUUGUGACAAGGAGAACAUGGUUAAUGGAGAUAAUAAGGAAACCUCGUAGAUUUGAAUAUGUCGAUUCGUAUUCGCACCAUAUGCCUUGUGAGUAGCGCAAUUAUGGUAAGACAGUAUUUGUGAAAUGAAAGAAAAAGAAGACGAAUGGCAAAAUAUAAUGCUCACUGUAAAUAGUAAUUCUAAUCGUAACAAUAUUAUAAAACGAAAUUUAAUUUUAAUCGUAAAAACCAUUUUAUUAUAAGAGGAAAUAUAAGAGGGAAUUUUAUCAACGUUGAACAACAAGCUGCCAUUCUGACCGAAUAACAUUCUCUCGUGCUUAAGUAAGAGAUUGAUAAAAAACAGUGCGCAUAAGUGAUAUCAAUGAAAUUUAUUUCGAUAAUUAUGAAACGUUUCAGUCAAAAUUUAAAUACAACUUUUGUUAUACAUUACUUCUAUAUGUCAUCAAAAAAUUUCAGGAAUUUUCCGUCCAAACAUCCAACUGUUAACGUAAUAGUAUAUACAUUCAAGUAAUUCACUGCACUGGGUAUUGGAAAUUGUUUCUGAAAAUGUUACAUUAAUUCUGUUUAUAAUGCUCUCUUUCUCGUCGAAGUAGUUUCAUAAUAUACUCUAAGAAAACACAAUUUGCAUUUUAAAAGAUGCCGGUUUUUUUAAAUUUAAAAACGUAUGUAAAAGAUAUAUAUUUAUUAUUCAUUUAAUAUAUCUAAUCAGUUCCUAUUUCGUGCAACAAUUUCGUAUUUAAUAAUUUAUUUAUUUGCAAUACAAAGGAAUAUUAUCUUCAUUGUACACUAAAAAUAUUAAAACAUUAAAAUAGAAUAGAGCAAAAGAUGAUUGAAUCUCUAGACUCUAGUCAAUACAGUAGCUUUUACAUUUAGGUACACUGAUAUUCGUUUCAAUUGUUAUGUAUAGAUAUUACUUAAGGCUAUAAAAUAAACAUUACAAAAUCUUCAUUUAAGAUCUGCUAUAUCGUUAAAAAGCAUGAUUUAAGUCAUAUAGAAAAAAAAAUAUAAUACUGUAUUUUGAUUCUGUUUAAUUUAUAUAUGACAGAUAAUUUAUUCAUUGAACAAUUCAAUAUUCCGCAAAUACACGUGAGCUAACAAGUAAAUUAAUACUAUACCUAUAUUGAUUGCAGCACAUUACAUAUAUAUGUAGUCUAUAUUUUUUAUUGUUUAUUCUUUAUUAUUCCCUUUUUCACUGAUCUUAAUUUAUUACUUGGCAUUUGAUUACGAUACAUAGAAUGAAAAUGUUAUAUGUAAUAUAAUUUUAAAUCAGUUUAUAGUUAAAAUAGAUUAAGAAAUUUAAAAAUUUGAUUAUAAUGAGAGAAGUUUAUCCUGUUUUUGAUAUACUUUCUCUUAAAAUCGUUAGAUUUCAGGAAAAUAUAUUUUGACAAGAAGUGUGCGAAUUAAAACAAUGUCAACAUCAACAGAUUUACAUAAUUAUGAACGUAACAUUUAUUCUAUGCGUAUAAUGCAUAAAAAAUAUCAAGUAAUAGAAGAGCAGUGAAAAAUAAUGUAACAAGGAAAGUGAGUGGAAUUAAAAAUGAAGAGAUUGUACUUGCUAAUAUUUUAAUGCUUGGAAUUUCUUGAAUAAUUCAACAUUUUUAUGAACUUGGAGAUGAAUGUUCAAUGUGCAUCUAAUGUAACUUGCAAGAUAUUUGCAGCAAUGUUUGCUUCAAUAGAAAAAGCUUAGCUAAGAUUUUUAUUCUUGUGAUUUGUCCAGAGAAACAUAUGAUAUGUGAUAUAUGAACCAAAAUAAUUUUCUUGUAAUAGUAUGGGUUAAAUAGACAUUUACCUCGUGAAACGAAAAUGUAGAAACUUAAA